UUGCUGACGUUCUUGUUUGGUCAUUUUUCUGUUGUUUUCCGAUUGUGUCGCGGGGCGUACAAAAAGUUUUUUAGUGAAAUUCAACGAAACCUGCAGAAAAACGACCUCAAAAGGUCGUUGAUAGUUUACAAUGAGCGGACCAUCUAGUCACUCAUCAGGCAGUGGAUCGGCUGCUGGUAGAUCAGCUGGAACCUCGUCCGGUCCACCAGUGUCAGUGCAGGAAUUUACGAUUCGUGUACCGAAGAAUCUAUCCAAGAAGUACCAUGUAAUGCGCUUCAACGCGACGCUCAACGUCGACUUCACCCAAUGGCAUUCGGUCAAAAUGGAACGGGAGAAUAACUUGAAGGAGUUCAAAGGAUUUGACGAAGAUAUGCCGAAAUUUGGCGCCGGUUCUGAAUUUAACAGAGAUCUGAGAGAAGAAGCUCGGCGGAAGCGCUACGGGAUUAUUGCAAAAAAGUAUCGACCGGAAGCACAGCCUUGGAUACUGAAAGCAGGGGGUAAAAAAGAUGGGAAGAAAUUUCGCGGUAUACGAGAAGGAGGUGUGGGAGAAAAUGCGGCUUUCUAUGUAUUUACCCACGCUCCAGACGGUGCAAUUGAAGCUUAUCCGUUGCAUGAGUGGUAUAAUUUCCAACCUAUUCAACGGUAUAAAGCGUUGUCGGCGGAAGAGGCAGAGCAGGAAUUUGGCCGACGAAAGAAGGUCAUGAAUUACUUUUCGCUGAUGUUGCGAAAACGCAUGAAGGGUGAUGAUGAUACCGUGGAGGAUCAGGCGGAGGCUAAAGGGAAAAAAGGUGGCGGUGGUAAGGCGAAAGAUUUGAAAAUUAGUGAUAUGGACGAAUGGAUCGAUUCGGAUGAUAUGAGUUCAUCAGAUGAGGAUGACGAGGGAAAGCCAAAAGAGAAAGAUAGUGAUGAUGAGGCAGAUAAAAAGGCUAAAAACAAGAAGAAAGCUUUAGCUGAAAGCAAGAAAAAGAAGCGAGAUGUGGAUGAAGAGGCUUUGGAAGAAUCGGACGACGGUGACGAGGAGGGAAGAGAGCUUGAUUAUAUUUCUGACUCUUCGGAAAGUGAAUCCGAACCGGAAACGAAAGCCAAUAAGGAACUAAAAUCAGUUGCGGAGGAGGAUGCUCUACGUAAGUUGCUCACCUCCGACGAGGAUUCUGAUGAUGAAGAGAAGAAAUCAGAAGAGGAAGAUAACCAGAAAGAAGAAGAGAAAAAUGGCAAAGCUUCCAAAGACAAGGAGAAGGAUAAUAAAGAGAAGGAUUCAAAGGAAUCUAAGAAAAAGAAGAAAAAUAAAAAGAAGAAGAAGUCUGAUAAUGAUAAGAAAGAUUCGUCGAGUGGGUCCAGUUCGGAUAGCUCGGAUUCCGAUGCUGACAACAGUAAUUCGAAGCAAAAAAAGAAACAUAAGAAGGACAAGGAAGGACUGGGUUCGAACUUGUCGAGCGCCAAUAAUUCCCGCUCGGCCUCGCCUAGUGUGUCUCAGCAGGAGGGAAACAAAAGAAAGAUGGCUGGAUCCAACAUGCCCUCGGCAGACCUUACCGGGUCGGACAAUAGCAACAGUCCGGUGUCAACGCCAGCUAAAAAGGUCAAAAUGGACUCGGCAAUGGCUCUACCGCCUACAUUUACCGGUCUUGUCAGCAGCAACAGUAAAGACGAUUACGGUAUUACGGAAGAAGCGGUUCGGCGAUAUCUGAUGCGUAAACCGAUGACGACCACAGAACUUCUGACGAAGUUCAAAAACAAGAAAACCGGUGUGUCGAGCGAGAAACUUGUGGAGACAAUGACCGCUAUUUUGAAAAAGAUCAAUCCGGUUAAGCAGACUAUCCAGGGCAAGAUGUAUCUUAGCAUUAAGGUGCCGAAGUGAUAACGCAACGCUAGUGCAUUGUUCCCUCAUCCAGGUAAGACCCUUCCAAUCCGUGUAAUCCUUAAUAGAGACAACAGGUGGCCCACUCGGUCCUCGUUUUAGUAGUCUUGAUUUUGAUUUUAACGAUGAAAAUGAAUAUCUAAAGGUAAUGCAUAUAUA